AUGCACUACAACGACCGUCGUCCAUACAACGGUGACCGCUACUAUCCGGAGCAUGAUCCGUUUGACUCUCCGCCACGAAUUUCGCAUAUUCACACUAAUGUUCACUACGGUGGACCCACUGGAGGUACCUUUUUGUGACCAUGUCGUUAUGCUUUGACAAUCUAGACUAAUGUGCUGAAGCAAAUGUACAAAAAAUGAACAUUUCAGAUAUGGACAUCGCGAAGACGUUCGAUCACGAGCCGUUCCGGCACACGGACCCAAAGUACAAGUGUUUGUGCAAUAAGAUGCAUGUCAAGGUGAGCAGAUACAUAAUUCACCGUCUAAAAGUUUAGAAACAGAUCAUCCUGCCCAAUUGAUUAAAGUUUAUGAACAAUUUGUUAAGAGUGUAGUGAUUUAUAAGUUUGUUCAGGAAAACGUUCUUUUUAGCAAAAACAAUUGGCUGGAGAAAUAUGAUACCUUCUGAAAACAUGGUUUUUUGUGGAAACACUCAUAGCCCUAGAUUUUGCAGCAGUAUCCCGUGUCAGUAGGUAAAAACAGUAAGGAUUUUCUAAAUUCGAAAGCUAAAAUUGAUAUUCUAACUGCAAUCUGGCGCGUCUUACAGCAAGGUUGCAAGUGUAUUCUUGCAUUCCUCGUGGCUGUGGUCAUCAUCGGAAUCCUACUUCUCUUCCUCAACUGGAAGUGAGUCUAGUCAUCAUUACACUCUAAUUCUCAUUCAAUCUUUUCAGCAUCGGAACCUGGACAACCGUAAUUCUUCACUUCAUCCUUCUGCUCGGAGUGAUCGCCUGUGCCGCUGCACUCUUCCUCGCAAUGAAAUCCGAAAAGGAAAAGCUUCUUUUGCCAGUGGCUGGAAUCGCUGUAAGUGGCAAAAAAUGCAAAAUUAUCAGCUAACAUGAUAGAACCCGUCCCGCCUGGGACUACCCGCUGUGACAGUGUAAAAGGUGUGGCCGAUAGUCGAGACUUUUCUUUCUCUUCUUCCACCGAUCUGUGUAUCAUAUGAUUGGAAUGUUUGGGGACAGAAAUGACAUGUUGUGAUGGGUGAAAUUAUGAGGCGGACAACAAAAAUGUUCUUUUCCAGGCGUUCGGUGCACUCAUCUCUCUGAUCUUCUUCAUUUUCACGAUCUGGUCGCUGAUCGACCCAAGUGGAGUCACUGGACAACUUGUUAACAAUUUCGUCGUUAGCCAGAACUCUUCGUUGACUGAAGAUCAAGGAUUAGAGGAGAACCGUGAAGGUAUAUAUUUUAUUAAAGAGUUGGUUCAAUAACUGGUCAUGUCUAGGGUACUUUAUCGAUAAGAUUUUUGAAUUCUCGUAAAAUGCGAACACUCGAAAAACAUUAUUAUCAACAAUUUCAGAAAUCCAAGCCGUCUCGGCAGUCAGCGUCGUCCUCUCGCUCGUCGGAAUCGCCGCUAGUAUCUGGGUGGCGUUUGUGGUGUACAAAUAUUACAUGUACUUGAAAGACAUGAAGUUCGCCAGAGUGCCAAAGAAUCAGGUGAUCAUUGAUGAUUUCGACAAUGACUUACUUUAUGUACUUGUCUAUUACAGGUCCACAUUGAAAUCACCGAUUUGAAGAAGGGAAUCAACCAGUAA